AUGACUAAGAUCCAAUCCAAAUCAUCACUCAAACCAAAUAGUAAACCAUCAAAACGAAAAGAAAUCGAAAAACUAUCAUCAGAUUCAGAACCAACAUCUGACGAGGAUUCAGAUCAAGAUCAAGAAAUCAACCAACAAUUAUUAGAUGUAUUAGCUCAACGUACUUUAUCAUUUCUAGCAUUAGAUGAACCAUCUACUUCUAAUCAAACUACAUCAAAGAGAAAACGAAAAGAAUUGAAGGAUGAAGAUGAAGAAUGGACGGGUAUUGAUGAUGAGACAAUACCAUUGGAUGACGACUUAGAAGACGACCAGGACACAGAUCAGAGUGAAAGUGAAGGAUAUUCAGAUCUGGGUGAAAGUGAUCGUGAUGAUGAAUUGGACGAUGGUGAAGACCUCUUGAAAACAUCAUGCAAAGUUUCUAAGCCACCGGAGGACGCAGAGGUCAUUGUCUUUCAAGAUCCAUCACGUUCAGCUCCAGUCAAUCAUGAUCUUGUAUCACUCAAUUCAGAUAGGAAAUCAUUCAUGGCUUCUUUACUCAAAAAACAGAACGCCCCAGUCAUUGCAGAUGCUAAAAACAACAAAAAAUCUAGCAAAGAGGACAGUGAAGAAGCUCAUCUUCGAUCACUCGACAGGUCACUCGCAAACCUAAUCACAACACUCUCUGCACCUAAAUCAAAGGCAAUUCAACUAGACGCGAUUCUCUCAACUGAUCUUCCACCUCCUCUCAAUCCCGCCAAGGCUGCACGCCAUCCUCGUAGGGUCAGACAAGAGUUAGCACGUGCAGAACUACGACGGAGUCAAGCUGCUGACCGAGAAGCAACGAUGGGAAACAUUGUUCGAGCUUCUAGUAGUAAGACUACUACUAAACGUCAAAAGAGGAUGGAGGAUGGUACAGAAGAUCGAGAGAGACGGGAGAGACGGGCUCGGUUGGAUAGAGGUAUUGGUAAAGGGAAUGGGGGGAUGAUUAAGCUUAGUGCUAGAGAGGUUAAGAUGGUUUCAAAAGGAGAUGGUUUUUCGAGUAGGGGCAAGAGUUCUGGUAAACGACGAUGA